GGCUCUCCCUCUCCCCCCCCAUGAUUAGUUUUUAGUACAGUCCUUCAUUGUGUUGGGCUCAGGAUUUAGUCGCUACUCUAAAGGAUAUCUAUAGUUUUGACAAACUUCUGUCAUUGGGGUGUCCGGAAUACGAAUUUGAAAGAAAGUUUUUUUUUUUAGUAAGUCUAUACAGAAGAGCGACAAACAGAAACCAAGGGGCACAGGGCUGCACCGCUUUACCCGGAUGAAAUUUGGCGCACGGCCUUCAUGUAUAUUCUUCUCCGUUUUUGAUGUCAACGGAAAACCAAUUGUGCAGCAUUGAAUAUUUUUUUUCGACUUCUACAGCUGUGUCAUAUAUUUGGGUCCCUCCCUACAGUGACAAUGGAUUGAUUCACCUCCACCCUUCCACCCAUGAGACCGAAAGCCAUGGCCGCUCUUCCGGGAAGUGUAACGUUUAAGGAGUUCUGCCCCCUGUACUCCAUCCUCAAUGCCAUCCCGGCGAAAAUACAGAAGGGUUUCCGAUCUCUCAUCGUCUAUCUUACAGCUAUCGAUGUCAAUGGCGACUACAUUGCUAUCGGCAGCAGCAUCGGGAUGUUAUAUCUGUACUGCCGACACACCAACCAGAUGAAGAAGUAUAACUUAGAGGGGAAGACUGAGUCUAUAUCUGUCACUAAGCUUCUGAGCUGCUUUGAUGACCUGGUAGCAGUGGGCACCGUUUCCGGGAGGGUGGCCAUUUUCCAGCUGGUUUCUCCUCUUCCUGGAAGAAACAAACAGUUACGGAGGUUCGACGUGGUGGGCAAUCACAAGAGCAGUAUUACGUCCCUGGCCUGGAGCCCCAAUGGAAUGAAAUUAUUUUCUGGCGACGAAAGAGGAAAAAUUAUCCAGUCCGAUUUGGAUUUUGAUAAGGGUACAUGUAACCCCUGCCUUAUUCUGGAGGAAUUGUCCUCUAUCGUCCAGCUGGAUUACAGCCACAAGAUUCUGCUGGUAUCGACCACUCAGAGGUGUCUGCUCUUCUACACCGAAGAGAAGUCGGUCAAGCAAGUUGGAAAUCAGCCUAGAAAAUCCAAUGGCAAAUACGGAGCCUGCUUUAUCCCUAGCCUCUGCAAGCAAAGUGACCUUACGUUGUUCGCGGCCCGGCCCGGACUGCGCCUCUGGAAGGCAGAUGCCCACGGAUCCGUCCAGUCGACUUUCAUUCUCAAGGACGUCUUGGCUUGUGGGCUGGAAUCUUUCGAGCUGUAUCCUCGAUUGGAAACGACGAACCAAGCGACCUAUACGAUGUCUGAGAGGCACCUGGGCCUGGUGACCUGUUUCCUACAUGAAGGAUGGGUUCUGAGCUGGGACGAGUACAGCAUCUAUCUCGUAGACACUAUCAAUCAGGCUGUGAUUGGAGGUCUCGAAUGUCCCGGGGAUAUUGUGUCCGUCUCCUGCAUCAACAAUGAAAUAUUUUUCCUAAAAGGCGACCGGGAAAUCAUUAGAAUCUCGGACAGACCAGAAGGAGCCAUAUCCGACGUACUACAUAGCCCUUUUCGGGUCCCAGCCAAACACGCCUCCCUGGCGAAUAAGCCACAAAAUAGCUCAAUAUCCAAAAAUGAAGACGACCCGCUCCCUCCUGGCCAGAAAGUGAAGACUGAGCGGAUCCAGCUGUGUCCCCUGGAGCUGGAGGAAGGGGAUCAGGAGCAAGUGCCGGAACAGAAAGCCCGGAGCAGUUCUCUCUCUGUGGAGUUUCCAGAGCGCGGUCGCUUCUCUACAGACAGCGGGUAUAGUGUGAACGACGCCGAUCAGGACUCGUCUGAUAACACGGCCCGGGAGCAGCGCCCCUCCUCACAGAGAUUCAGUAUCAUCAGCAACGAGGACUUCGACCAGGAACUGGUUGUGAAGCCCAUAAAAGUGAAGAAGAAGAAAAAGAAACGGCAAGAAAACGGUUCCAGGAGUCGUGUCGGAUCUCUUGAGAGCACACCGAGCGUGGACAGUCCCCUCUCCUUAACCUCUUACUUUACCUCCACCAUGACGGGGUUAACCUGUGGCAGUGCAGAGCAUUUAAGCUCUCAGGAGAGCCUGGUCAGCGGGAAGUAUCAGGGCGAUGAAAACACUUCCGGGGUCUUCAGUGCCGUCCCCUCUUCUGAAUCUCCCUUUCCAGAUGUGGAUUGUGAGAGCCGUUCCUUACCCGGGGAAGAAGACAAAGACUCCGAUGGAAGCGCCAAGACCAGUGAAGGUGCGACAUCCGAGACUGCGUCAGUCACUUCAUCCGAUACUCACACAGCGGCUGUAAAUCACUUCACAGAGCAGCAUCGGGAGGAGGAACACAACGAGACCACCAAGCAAGAUCACCUAGAGGAAAUACAAGAUGUCACAGGCUCCGGACCACAAAGUGUGGAGAUAGUGGUGGGAUCACACAAUGACUCAGUAGAGACUAAAUCCUUGCACAGUACCAAGGAUGAAAUCUAUGAGGAGCAGCGAGACGUGACAGAUGUCCAGUGCUACGUACCCUCAAGUUCUAUUGGGGAUAGCUUCUGUCUGAAUGCGAACUCCUUGCCAAAAGACUCUGUGGAAGCCAUUAAAAAUGUCAGACCUGAGCGCAGUGAGCACGACCGUUCCGUGGCGUCCAGUGACGAUGAGGAUAUCUAUGGUCACAGGAUACCCCACUCGUCCUCUGACGUCAGUGUGGCAGAAAUGGCCGUAUCCCAAGAACUGUCACGCUCCAUGCAAGAAGAAAGCACUUUACUAAAAUCAGAACAGCUUGCAGAGAGUUGGAUGGUGUAUUCGGGACCUGCCAAUGGCAUCCUAAGCCUUGUGGUGUCUGAGAAGUAUGUCUGGUGUCUGGACUACAAGGGCUCCCUGUACUGCAGCUCCGUGCCCGGGGCCGGCCUGCGGUGGCAGAAAUUCGAGGAUGGCGUCCAGCAGGUGGCAGUCUCUCCUUCAGGAAACCUCCUGUGGAAGAUUGAGCAGAAAACGGACAAGGCCUUCGCCUGCGGGAAAGUGACGAUUAAAGGGAAGAGACAUUGGUACGAAGCUCUUCCUCAGGCGUCCUUUGUAGCCCUGAGCGACGACACUGCCUGGAUUAUCAGAACCAAUGGAGACUUGUACUUACAGACAGGCCUUAGUGUGGAUCGCCCCUGUGCCAGAGCCAUUAAAGUGGACUGCCCGUGCCCGCUAUCCCAGAUCACAACCAGGAAUAACGUGGUGUGGGCCCUCACCGAGCAGAGAGGCCUCUUGUACAGGGAAGGAGUGAGCAGCUUCUCUCCGGAGGGUGAAGUCUGGCAGUGUGACCUCAUCAGUGAGAGACAAGCUCUGGAACCAGUCUGCGUCACAUUGGGGGAUCAGGACACCAUCUGGAGUUUGGACGCCAAUGGCAACUUGUGGUUCAGGACCGGAGUCUCCUCCAAAAAGCCUCAAGGAGAAGAUGACCAUUGGUGGCAAGUCAGUAUCACAGACUACGUUGUCUUCGAUCAUUACACCUUGUUCCAAACCCUCAUCCAGGCCACGCAGACAGUGGCCACAGUAGCCCAAGCGCCUGUAGAGAAAGUGGCUGACAAGCUCCGCAUGACAUUCUGGUCCCAGCAGCCCCAGUGCCAGCCCAGCUUACUGGGGGUCAACACCAGCGGCGUGUGGAUCACCUCGGGCAAGAAUGAGUUCCAUGUAGCAAAGGGGAACCUUAUAGGCACCUAUUGGCUUCAGAUAGUACCACGAGGUACGGCGUCCACCACAAAAUGGAUAAAUGUUUUCUCCUCUGCUUCCCCAAGUGGAGAAGGAAAUGUCCUAUGGAUGUCCCAAAGCAGGAAAGACCUGUUCAGCUUGAGUGACCUGACAACUCCUUAUAGACCGUCAACCGUCCAGCUCCCCCCAGACACAGAGUUAAUCCAUGUCUCAGCUUGUGCAGAUGCUGUAUGGGCCCUAGACCAGCAGGGUGGGGUACUUAUCCGAACCCUGUCCAAGACGUGCCCAACCGGAAUGCAUUGGACCAAACUGGAUCUGUCUCAGCUAGGUCCGGUCAAGCUUUGCAGUCUGUCCUGCGGCAACCAGCACAUCUGGGCGUGUGACACCAACGGAGUCAUAUACUUCCGGGUGGGGACUCAGCCGCUCAAUCCAAGUAUGAUGCUGCCUGCGUGGAUCAUGAUUGAGCCCCCGAUACAGCCCGUGGGGAUCAACCUGAUCAACGUUUACUCCAGUCCGAACGACAAUAUGCUGUGGACGCUGGAUAACCGGUGCAAUGUGUACGUAAGGAUCGGCAUCACCGAGGAGAUGCCUGUCGGUGUAGACUGGGAACAUGUACCUGGUUUGCAGGCAUGUCAGCUGGCAGUGAGUGCCAGAACCGUCUGGGCCCUGUGCCCGAAUGGGGAUAUAGCUAGACGGUACGGAAUCACAGAAAAGAACGCGGCCGGUGACUACUGGAAGAAAAUCCCGGGAAAUAUGUCUUGGCUAACAGUGACGCCCCAGGACGAGCUGUGGGGCGUGAGCAGCGAUGGGUGCCUCCUCCAGCGUCUCACCAAGACCUACAGCCACCACCCCAACAUUCCAAAGUCCGACCACAUCCUGGCGCAGUCGGACUUCGAAGACGAAUGGGAGGUAAUCUGAGCGGGGGCUGCUGCUGCUCUAGAAACGGCUGCUAAUCUUUCGUCAUAAUAGUUCUUAUUGCUGCUAAAAAUGAAAAAACAAAAAAACAAAAAACCCGUGUUGUCCUUAUUAACACUCAGCGUGAUACACAAAGCACUUUGCCUGGUCCGGAGCAUUUCCACAUUUUACUGUGUUACAGAAUGACGAGUUGUAGGAUAUAUAUAUAUAUGUAUACACUGAACCGCUCCGCAUAUCAGCUGUGAUAUUAACCACUUCCUACUGCUGUAUUUUUACAUAUUAUUUGUGCUGGGAGAGAGUUUGGUAUCCAUAAGACAGUGUUUCGCAGCUAGUGUGCCUCCAGCUGUUGCAGAACUACCGACUUUGGCUGUCUGGGCAUUCUGUGAGUUGUUGUUUUGCAACAGCUGGAGGCACCCUGGUUGGGAAACGCUGCCAUAAGGACAUAGGUUCCCUGCAAUCAGAUGCUUGGGGUCUUGUGUAGCUGAUCUUGAGUCUUAUAGAGACUACACUUGAAAUUUGUUGCGACAUUUUGUCUGCAUCUGAAAGGGGUACUCUGGUGAGAAAAAAAAUGUUUUCAAAUCAACUGUUGCCAGAAAGUUAUACAGUUUUGUAAAAUACUUCUAUUUAAAAAUCUUAAUCCUUCCAGUACUUAUCAGCUGCUGUAUCCUCCAGAGGAAGUUGUGCAGUUCUUUCCAGUCUGACAACAGUGCUCUCUGCUGACACCUCUGUCCAUGUCAGGAACUGUCCCCAUAGCAAACCUCUCCUGCUCUGGACAGUUCCUGACACAAUGGAAGUUUCCAAAUCUGUUUAAUUUUCUGGCACCAGUUGAUUUGAAUAUUUUUAUUUUUUUAUAUAAAUUCAACAGGAGUAGCCUUUAAAGGGUGUAUUCACAUGUACAGUAUAAAAUAUGUGCAGGAUUUGAAGCUGUAGAUUUGAUGCUGUGGUCAUUGGAAUCUGCGGCGCAAAAUCUGCAGCUUCAAAUCAUGCCCUAGAUGGUGUAUGUGUGAAUACAUCCUAAGGGAGUAUUUCCCACCAUUUUGAUGUUAUGGGAUAUCAUAUUUGUGGUCGUCCAACAUCUUGCCCCCCUGUUAGGCUGGGUUCACACCACGUUUUUCAAAUACGGUUACCGUAUACGGUUUUCCGCUAAAAAACGUAUGGCAAAAACCGUAUACAACCGUAUGACUCCAAAUUAAAACAUAUACGUUUUUUCCCUGUACGGUUCUAUCCGUUUGCAUCAGUUUUUGCCAACGGUUUUGCUAUUUUGUUGGAAUUAGUUUUCCAGCAAUUUAAUAAAGUUAUUAUUUUUCUAUUGAAAUUCCAAUCUGCGCAUGCGUCAACUCCAAAAACGGAUUAGAAAAACCGUGUGCAACCGUAUUCUGAAAUUCUGUGUACGAUUCUCAUAGACAACAAUGUUUAAAGAACCGCAUACGGUUCGCAUACGGUUUUCCACAGAUAGCGAAACGCUGCCAUGUUCUGCCACUUGAGGACCACUCGAAAAUGUGCUGUCUCAUAGAUGGCAAUGCAUUUCCUUGAGGAAACAAGUUUAAUGUUUUAGCGGACGCCAGAAUCAGGAUUUCUGCCGUGUGAACAGAGCAGCAGAAUC